AUGUCGUUUGAGAUUGGAGCACGGGUAGAAACUGAGAAAACGGGUAAGGGCCGUGUUGCCUUCUGUGGUGAGGUGCAAUUUUCGGAUGGUGAAUGGGUUGGUGUCAUACUCGACGAUCCUCGGGGUAAGAACAACGGUACUGUUCAAGGAGUACAGUACUUCACAUGCGAACCAAACCAUGGCCUCUUCAUUCGACCUACCCAACUGAAACCGGAAUCGGCUCGUACGCGUGCUAGUGGGCUAAGAACGCCGGCCCCGCGCAAGGAAGUUGCUGCACCGGCAAAAGUUGCACGUUCUUCUCCAAGUGGAAGCCCAAAAGUGAGCCCAUCCGUUUCACUCGAACGCCUAUCUAAAGCUGGUGGACCAAAAAGGGUUCUGUCAUCUUCGAAGCUAGUCGACAAUGCGAAUGAACCAAAAAUGUCUCGAGAACCUUCAAACUUGUCGCAAGCUAGUUCGGAGAAAGGGGAAAAGCAGGAAAAAGAGAAAGUUCCUGAAAAAGUUGUAGAGAAGAGCCCUGAAAAACCUGAAAGCGUCAUGGAUAAAGUGAAGAAGCUGCAAGAAUCGGCAUCUCCGAUGACUCCGUUGUCCCCUAUUCGUACCACAAUCCCAGCUGGAAUGGAUGAAGGGACUGAACAGGAGUAUCUCCGACUGCAAGUCAAAGAUCUGUCUGAAAAGUUGGAGACAUUGAGACUCAAACGCAAAGAAGAUCAUGGCAAACUUGUUGAUUACGAGAGAAGCAAAAUCCAGCUGCAAGCGUUGAUGGAGUUGAAGUCAAAGAUGGCGGACCAACUUCUUGACUUACAACGCCAGCUUCAAGAAGCAAGAAAGGAAGCGCUGGAGAGUCGAGAAUGGAAGGAAGCAAAUCAAGACGAAUUAAGUUCGGCUGCUGAGCAAUUAGAAAUGGCUACCAUUGACAAAGAGAUGGCGGAAGAAAGAGCCGAAGCGCUCCAAGCUGAGCUGGACUCGCUAAAACUUCGUAACGAGGAGCUUGAAGCGGAUCUCGAAAUUCUUCGCGAAGAAAUGGCAGGCGGCGCGGGCGGUGUUAUCAGCGAGGGAAAUAGUGUGCAGUUGAAACAACUAGAACUUCAAAAUGAAAGGUUGAAGGAAGCACUAAUCAAACUGCGUGAUAUCAACGCUGCUGCACAAGCAGAAAAGCAGGCAGCGGUGCGAGAAGCAGAAGUUCUCAGGACGGAGAACGUCGAGCUUGUGAGAGCUGCUGAAAUUGCAAGGAAAACAGCGCUUGAUUCGGACAUGCGUAUUCAUGAUUACCAAGAGCAGAUCGAAGCUGCAAUGGGUGCUGAGGAAAUGGUGAUGAAUCUAGCAAACAAGAACAUGGAAAUGGAAACUCAGAUUAGGCAGCUGGAAGCUGACAGAGACGAGCUUGAAGCUCAUCGCGAUAUGGAUGAGCAAAUGCUAGAGGAACAGAAACUUCUUCAACAAAGAAUGAAGCAGGAGGAAGACCAUCGAGAUGAGCUUGUUUCGACAAUCAUGAAGUUUAGAAAGAAGGUUGGCGAGCAGAAUGAGGAAAUUCAAGAGCUCAAGGAUCAGGUGAUUCUUUUGUAUGUGCUGAGGUAUCAAGAAGAACUUAGUGGUCAUAAGUCUGAGGAGAACAGCAUGGCAAGUAUCGUGAGCCAGAUGCAAGUCAACGUGAACAGGACAUUUGCUGAAUCAGUUGAACGUCAAGUGGCAGCUAUUGAGGUGGAAUGUGCCAGAAAACAGAUGGGUUAUCUGAAACAGUUUCUUCCUGACAAUUUCACCAAAGCAGGAGGUGAUAACGACGCUGUUGUUUUGAAUGUGCUUUUCCCUCGUUUGGCAUCCAAAGCAAAACUUCUCACAAAGCUGAUCGCUGAACGGUUUCCUGGUGUCCCUGGAGGGACUCGUCGAGAACAUGUUACGAAAUCCCAUAAGGCCGAGCACUGGGCUCACUCAGCUCGAAUUGCUUAUACCAUGAACGCCCUAGUAGCUGUUUGUGGUCAGUUCGAAAGUGCUUUGAGCAACAUUUCCUUGGAGGAUCUCUCCCGUUUGGCUCAACUACAGCCUGAGAUGACUUCUCAGGAAAGAGUUAUUGAUGGAUACUUGGAACUAUUAAAGCAGUCGAGGCUGGAUGCAGAGACUUCGCUCGAAAAUAUGGAAAAAGUCGUUACAUAUUUCCAGAACGUGCUCUCGGUAAAUGUCAGUGCUGACAGCUAUGAUACCCCCGCCUGGUUAAGAAAUGUGUGUCAACAGCUUGUGAGCGGGAUAGCUUGGUGCAAAGUGAACAACCAGCGUAUUUCGUUUUUCUUGAAGCCUGGUUUGGAAGGAUGUGACGUUUCUGAGCUGGUGCGCACUAUUGGAGACGAGCUGGCCCAGUGUGAACAGCUUGCUAUACGUGCUGGAAAGCGAGUGCCGACCGAUAAUAGUAUUAAGCUCACACCACAGAUUAGUGACGAUAUUCAGUCGGCAUUACACAACUUGGAAAGAUUUGCCCUGAUUCUUCAUGAAACUUGUGGAAUUGCUAGUGUUCAGAUCAAUAUAAAUCCAGAGCUCGAUGGAUUUGAUUCUACACGGCUGAAGGAAAUGAUACACGGGGAAAUUGAGAAGACACAUGGUUCAAUAACAGUGGAGAAAACUUUUGAGCCAAUCAGCAAGUAUCUUUGGACUCUUCGAGAAAAUCUCAGUAACAUUUUCAAUGCAUUGGAGAGUGGUUCUUUGGAAGUCGAGCCGAAGGAUAAGGGCUUCCCUCCUGUACUGGAGAGGGCACAUCUCCGAAAGCAAGCAGCCGCGGAAGCAGAGGGUCUGCGCUGGCAGCUGGAAAAGAAGGAUAUGGAAAUACUGGAGCUGAAGAAGACGAUCAAAAGUAGAUUGGAUGACAUCAGUAACUACAAGCUUCGCUUGGACAUGGCCGAAGCUCGAAUCGAGUCAGCAGGGAAACAGGACAAUGUGAAAGUUCAACACUUGGAGGCAAAAAUCGAACAACUGAUUUUAAUUUCAAUCAAUCCGCCCCUCGGUACAAACGGUACAAAAACUUGUUUUAGAGAAUUUGAUGAGACAAUGGACGCUCUGCAAAAAGAGUUAAAAGAAUGUGAACGUGAGAAUGCUGAGCUGAAACAAAUGGCUAAGAACUUCUCAAGGAAGACGCUUUUGGAGAAUAUACAACGGCUAGAAUCGCGUGCGUCACCCCCAUCAGUUCAUGCGUCGUCACCAGUUGGACUGUCGUUGGGCAGAGAAGAAGCAGCUCUUUUGGAACAGCAGCUGUCCGACAAUCGUGAAGCGCUUCGCCGUGCUACGUUGCAAAUUGUUCAGUUGAAGGCUGAUUUGGCUCUGGCUCAAUCACGAGGCGGUGUGAUGCGAUUACCGGAAAUGGUUUGUGGACCAGAAACUCUAAAAGCUAAGGAGAAUGAUGCAGUGUUGGAGGCGAUCAGCAAGGAAGUGGAGCAGUUGAAACGAGACGAAUUGAAAUACAUGGUUUUCGUUCCGGAUCCAUCACGAUCACGUCACUUACAAGAGCAGGACAAAGCUCGUUUCGAAAAGGAGCAACAAGCUUAUAAUUACCGUGUCCAGACGUUACGGGCGCGGCUUCAUCAGUACUGGAAGGAUAUAUGCCCGGGGCAACCAUUUCCAAACCUCUUUGCGCUUCCAGCUCAAACGCAACCAAAGGUACGGGACGUUAAGUACGGUACACAGGCGUUCAAGGAUAUAGUGAAUAAUUGGGGUGUAAAAGCAUAA